AUGGGUCCUCGAUUAACUUUUGGAAAGACUGCUGGUUUGGGAACACCUCCAUUGCCAAGGCCUCUGGAUUGCCAGAGGACUGGUUUCAUGACAAAAAGACGAAAGUCUCAAAAUCCAUCAAGGACGCCUCUUGGUCUCUACCUCAGGUGCGUGCUUUGUCAACGUGAAUCUGAAUACCUCUCCUACUUGUUCUUGGACUGCGAUUUCACACAAUCCCUGUGGAAGAAAUUCAUGGAUAUCUUUGGGACUCAUUGGUCAAACGUGUCAUCCUAUGAGGAGUUAAUAGCUUGGUGGAUUUUGAAAUCUAAAGUGGUGCCUAUGCCAAAUGCUUGGUCGGUGGGGGUAGUGCUUAUUCCGUUCUUAAAUUGGGGGGAGCGAAAUAACAGGAAGUUUGAUGCAAGGGACAGGUCGUUGGCUGCUUCUUUCCUUGCUCUACUAAAUCUAUUCAAGGAUGUUUCAAUCUCCUUCAAACGUCAGGUGUCUAAUUCACAAGAUCUGAUUUGUGCUCGCACAGUUCACAUUCCCUUAAUUCCAAAGCCGGCUCAAGUAAUUCGGGAAGUGUGGUGGUGUAGACCACCCCUUGGCUGGGUUAAGUUGAAUUCUGACGGGUGUUCCCUUGGAAACCCAGGUAGGGUUGGUGCUGGAGGUAUCUUGCACGAUGACCAUGCAGUCCCUAUCGGAGCUUUUGGCAUUUAUUUAGGGGUCUCAAAUUUUUUGGCAGAAUUUUGGGCCAUCCUUCAUGGUAUCCUCCUUGGUAAGGAGAAGAAUGUGUGUCGGUUGUGGAUUGAGAGUGAGUCUGCAGCAGUCCUGAAGGCUAUCCAAACCCAUCUUAUUCCCUGGAAGGUGCAGCAGCUCUGGCUUUCCCUCCAGCCGUUCCUGAACUCUAUUCAAUGGAAGAUUAGUCAUUGCUUCAGGGAAGCAAACCCAGUGGCGGAUUUCUUGGCCAAACUCUCGGCUAAGGGUGCUUGUUCUUUUGUUUGGAAUUCGGAUUUCCUGGCCCCCUUGAAUGGUUGGCUGUUAGAUGAUGCACUAGGGCAUCAGAGAUUCAGAUUUGGUUAG